UGGCAUAAGCAACAUGGCGGCUUUGGAAAACGAAGAAGUCCGGAAGUUGAUGAGAGAAGUUCCAACAAGUCCUCAACAACAGGCGUGGAGCUCCACUCUGGACCAGGAAGAAACAGAAGUUGUGCAUAUUAAAGAAGAAGAAGGAGAAGACGAGGAUGAUAUCACAAAUUUCACUAUCACUCGUGUCCUUAUUAAAAGUGAAGCUGAAUCAGAUGAAGAUCCAUCAUUAGAUUUUCAUGAGAUAGAAGACGAACCUCAAACCAGCAGCUCGGCUCAACACAUAGAGACAGAUGCAGAUCUAGACUCUGUGCACCAGGGGUCGCUCUCUUCAGAUUCCGACACUGAUGAGUUGGACGGCUGGAGGAAAACUACUCAUUCUCAAUCAAGUCCAAACCCUGUGGACAAUCAAAGCGUCCCUGUGGGUGAGAAGACCAAUGAUGGCAAAUCUCCGACCUGCUGUGACUGCGGGAAAAGAUGCUCCUCGUGGUCCGGCCUGACGAAGCACAGAGACUCCUGCACUGGGAGACCUUUAUCCUGCUUGGUCUGUGGGAAAGCCUUCACACAUAGAGGAACUCUUAAUAUUCACUUACGAAUUCACACUGGGGAGAAACCGUUCAACUGCCCAGUAUGUGGCAAGUGUUUCAAUCAAAGACAGCAUCUGAAGAGACACAUACGGACCCACAGUGGAGAGAAACCAUACUACUGCUCACUGUGUGAUAAACAAUUCAUGGAGAGAAGAAGUCUAAAGGCCCAUAUGAUCAGUCACACCAGAGAGAAGCCGAGUGAUUAUUCACAAUAUGAUGUCCAACAGCUGCUGGUCAAUACAGAAGAGGUUUCCCCUGAGCUGCAGGACUCCAGCUCCAGUGCAACCCAUGAGGAACCAGAACAUCUACAUGUUAAAGAAGAAGAGGAUGAAAGCUCCCAGGUCCAAUUCAGUCCCGUUCUUGUGAAGAGUGAAGAUGAUGAAGAUGAGUCAUCGCCGGUUCAUCAUACAGAGGAGGAGCCUCCAGACAACAGCUUGACAAAACACUUAAAGAUAAAGGUUGUUGGGGAAAACAGUGGAGGCUCAACUCCAGCCAGCUGCUUGGAUCCACAUUCUGACCAGCAGAAGUUGCACUCUUCUGAAUGUGACACCGAUAACGGUGAAUUCUGGAGGGAAUCAAGCAAUGAAUCAGCUUCAAAUUCCCUGGACAACCCAGACAUCAAUGAGAAGACAGAUGAGGACAAGUCCCUGACCUGCUCUGGGUGUGGGAGACAAUGCUCCUCCAAGUCUGGUCUGACUGGACACAAAAAAACAUGCAGCGGCGAAAAGUAUUUCACCUGUCCGGUUUGUGGAAAAUACUUCACUAAGAAAGAUAACCUAAAGGCUCACAUGAGAAUUCACACCGGCGAGAGACCGUUUAUCUGCUCACAAUGUGGCAAAUGUUUUAAUCAGCGAGAGCAUAUGGUUCGACACAUGCGCAUUCACACCGGAGAAAAGCCGUAUGGCUGCUCACAGUGCGACAAAAGUUUCAUUCAGAGAGAGGAUCUGAAAAGACACGAGCGAAUUCACACCAGAGAGAAACCGUACCCCUGCUUAGACUGUGGGAAAUGCUUUACCUCUACAGGCAGUCUGAAGAAACACACACGGAUUCACACAGGAGAGAAACCGUUCAGCUGUCCUCAGUGCGGCAAGUUUUUUAAUCAGAGUCAGCAUUUGAAAAGACACAUACGAAUUCACUUGGCGGAGAGAGAGUACCCCUGCUUAGAUUGUGGGAAAAGCUUCACCUCAGUAGGUAAUCUCAACAUACACAGGAUGAGUCAUGCUUCUGAGAGUGUGACGACUGAAGACUAGUUGGUGGCUACCAUGGAGUCGCCUUUCUCUGCUUAAAGGAAAAAAGCAUCGGCUCCUCUGUCACUGACAAAAAUCUAUCUCGUGCAGCAGCAUAUAACUUUAAUUAUCAUCUAUUAACUCCACAUCUAAAGUGCCCCACCUGUUAGUCUCCCUGGAUCAUCUUGAUACAUGAACACUACAAAGGAAAGAAUAACAGCAGGGUAGAGGUAGAGCUGCAUGUGAGCUGUUGAUGGACAGCCAGGUAUAUACAAAUGUUUUUGGUGUCUCAUGUAUGCUGGACUUGUUCAUAUGAGUGAGCUCUCAGGCAGAGGAGCUCAUGUCUGUGCAUGUAGUGGCGAGUUUUUCUGUUUGAGCUGAGAGUUGAUGUGAAAAUCAU